AUGGUGGAAAAGACAGCAGCGGACAUUCGGGAUGAGACUCGCCUGGCUCAGCUUGGCUACAAGCAGGAGUUGCGACGCGACUGGAAAUUGAUUCACAACUUCGGCGUGUCUUUCUCAAUCAUUAGCGUUAUCACUGGUAUUACUACACUCUUCAGCUAUGGAUUGAAUACAGGAGGUCCAGGUGUUAUGACGACCGGAUGGAUUGUUGUCUCAUUUAUGACUCUCUUCGUGGGCUUGAGCAUGGCAGAGAUCGUCUCCGCAAUCCCUACCAGCGGUGGCCCGUAUUUCUGGGCUGCGAUGUUGGCUCCGCAUAAAUAUGCCCCGUUUCUAUCCUGGCUGACAGGAUGGUUUAAUUUCGUGGGACAGUUUGCUGUGACCACCGGAAUCAGCUUUGGAUGCGCUGGGCUUAUUGCGACUGCUGCAACGGUCAAGACCAGUUGGGUGCCAACUGCAGCGCAAGAAAUCGGCAUAUAUGCGGCAAUUCUUAUCAGCCACGGCUUAAUCAAUACGUUUGGCGUACACAUCCUGCGAUAUCUCAACGUCUCCUCGAUCAUCUUGCACAGUCUUGGAGUUGCUAGUUUGGCUAUUGCAGUGGUAGCCAAGGCGCCGACUCACCGGAGUGCCGCUGAGGUUUUCCAGCAUUUUUACGAUGGUACUGGUGAUCCCGGAUGGUCUGUUAGAGCUUCCCCAGCCUACGUCGCGAUUUGUGGUAUACUCCUCAGCCAAUACACAAUCACUGGAUUUGAUGCGUCGGCCCAUCUCUCCGAGGAGACUCACAAGGCAGAAUGGACUGCCCCCAUCGGCGUGCUCAUGUCAAUUGGAGUUUCCGCUGUUUUCGGGUUCUUCCUCCUGCUUUGUCUCCUAUUUUCCAUCCAAGACUUUGCCGCAACUGUCGACUCGAGCACGAACUACGGUGAACCCGUGUUCAAAAUCUUAGUGGACUGCAUGGGUGAAGACGGUGCGCUUGUGUGCAUCGCAAUCAUCAUCCUCUGUGUCUGGCACUGCGGUCUUUUUAGUAUAACCAGCAACAGCCGCAUGAUGUUCGCCUUCUCCCGCGACGGCGCCCUGCCCAAGUUCUUCGACUAUGUUGAUCCCAAAUUUCAAAGCCCAGUGCGGACAAUCUGGCUGGCGGCGUUUCUCGCGUUUUGCCUAGCUCUGCCUUCGCUGGGAAGCUCUGUGGCGUUCUCAGCAGCUACAAGUAUUGCGACGAUUGGGCUGUAUAUCAGUUAUGCGCUUCCAAUAUUCAUCGCUUUGAUUUGGCCAAGCAAUUUCAAGAAAGGCCCUUUCAACCUAGGAAAUUUCUCACGCUUUGUCGGUGGCAUAGCUUGUUCAUGGGUUCUAUUCAUCACUAUCGUAUUUUGUCUACCAGAGGAAAAUCCGGUAACAUCCCAGACACUCAACUACACGCCCGUGGCGGUUGGUAUUGUGCUAGUGGCCACAAUUGGCACGUGGUUUCUGUGGGCUCACCGAUGGUUUACUGGACCAAGGCGACAGACAGCACUUGAGACUGUUGAAGAUUUUGACCAUGAGCCAUCAAUCGCAGAGAAUACUAAAGACGCUUAG